GCACAAAAGGGUGUCCGAAGGAACCCCCUCCCACCGUCGGUGUUUCUCGUCUGCUAUCCCCGACAGCGGCGGUGCCAACACCCGACCAAAGCCAAAGGGAAUUGUGUACAGAUCUACCUCAACAGAUCCAUUUGUAAAUCUGGCUUUUGAAGACUGGUUAUAUGAGAACCAAGACUUUACAGACACAGAUAUUCUGCUACUCUGGAGAAAUGAGCCUACAGUUGUGAUUGGUCGCCACCAGAACCCAUGGUCUGAGUGUAAAGUGAAGAGACUGCAGGAGCUGGGGAUCCACCUGGCCAGGAGGAGGAGUGGAGGGGGAACAGUCUACCAUGACUUGGGAAACCUGAAUGUGACCUUCCUGACCUCCAGAGAUACCUACAGAAGGAAGCAGAACCUACAGGACCUGGUGACAGCACUAAAGGGGAGGUGGCCUAGUCUGGACCUGUCUGUCAACAAGAGGGAUGACUUAGUACUCAAUGAUACAUACAAGCUGUCAGGAACUGCUGCAAAGCUGGGCCGUAAGACGGCCUACCAUCACUGUACCUUACUGUGUGAUGUCAACACACAGGCUCUGAAGGACGUCCUCGUGUCUGGAUUUGAUGGCUUGGAGACCACAGCCACUGCAAGUAUACGCUCAGAGGUCAUAAACCUAAAAGACGUGGACACUUCCAUUGACACUAAGGUUUUAGGGGACACCAUAGCAGAAUAUUUCAUGACAAAUCAUCAAGGGCAGAUGGAACAGGUAUGUGAUGUGGACCCCACCAGUGAGGCCUUAUACCCAGGUGUUGGCAAAAUUGCAGAAGAGCUGAAGUCUUGGGAGUGGGUUUAUGGGAAAACACCUCCUUUCAACAUCUGUUUGAGAAAACCUGUCAAUGGAUUAGCUGUGCCCCUAGGUGUGUACAUGAAGGUAAAAAAGGGAGUCAUAGUAGACUCUUACAUGGAGUGUCCCUUACUGUGGGUGUCAGAGGGAGUCAUCCAGGAUAUAGGGUAUUCCAUGAGAGGAAGAAGAUUCCGUGCAGUGGACGUUCAGGCAGGGCUGGAGAAGUCUUUACAAUCUUACAGGAGAAUGUCAGAUGACGAGCGACAGUUUGCUGAGAGACUCGGUCAAUUUAUUGUUGACAAACUUGUAUAACGAUGAAAAAUAUCUGUGCUCAAUUUUUGUAAACUUGUAGAUGAUGGACUGUGACAUGCUGAAAAAUUAAAGGCAAGAAAUUCAACACAA